CUCAAUAGUUGUCUCCUCUGAAUGCACCCAAUGAUUGCUUUCAACAAACUCAUUUUCACUCAGAUGGGUUCCUGCACUUUUUACUUAUCUGACAACUUCAAAGUGCUUUUGGAGGCAAAAAUAUCUGACACCAGCGUUUACAAUUUUCUAUAAGACUUAAUUAUUUAACCUUUAUAUCUUUUAGAUCCUUAGUAUUUAAAUGAAAGCGAGUAGAUUUGAUAAUACUUUUAUAUAAGAUGCUACGUAAUCAUAGUGGACAAACGAUGGAAAACACGGGUUUAAAAAUGAUUCAAGAGAUAUUGAAUGAAUUUAAUAGUGAAGGACUUUGUAUGGAAUUCCGGCAUCUGACGUGCAGGAUUCCAAAAUUAAUACGAGCACAAAUGCAAAGGUUGAUUGAACAACAAAUGGGCCAGGAAACGAGACAAUCUGCUGUAUUUGUUCAUAUAAAUGAGACAAGUGGUGAUGAAUCUUUAUUUUCUAAGAGAUAUGUAAAUGAAUAUUUGGAUGAAAAAUAUGCAGCUGAGGUGCACAAUAUGCGGUCACAAGGUCCUACUUUGAUGAAUAAAGACAAAUCAGUGAUAAGAUGUGUUAAUAGCGCAGAUUUAUUUCAAGAUGAAUUCAAACUUUUUCACAUGAGAGAUGAAGACCAAUCUGAAGGACCAGAAACUUCGUCAUUACAGGACGCGGCUUUCACACAUCAAACUAACAUACAAGAACAGAAUAUAAGUUCAAUUAAGAUGCCACCACAUACAUUGUCCAGCUCGCCAAAUUCUGCUCCUCUGUCCUGGAAACGUCAAAUAUUCGAAUGGAUCCGUCAAUGGUUAAAUGUGAUCCUUGUGAUUUUAAUAAUCGGUAUUUUGCUUUGGAUUAUGUUGUUAUACGGUGCAUACCUUGGUAUGUCCAUUUGUGCAUGCGGACGCUCCUGUUUCCCACUCAUGCUGUUCCAGUAUACACCGACAAGACGUUUUCUAUUUUAACAGUGAUAGAAUGAACUGUCGCGAGUGUUUUAAGAUCCUGUCAGUGUCAGGAGUUGCCUUUGAUACAUAUAAUCUUUUAGUUAAGAUGAAAAACAAGCAACUCCAUUGUUUCAAAUAUUCCAGCCAUUAGCUUGUAUUUUUGAAACACUUGGCAAGUAUCCACUCAUUGCGAUGACAAAAGGAAUUACUGUUUCACAUGCGAAGUUUCAUACCUGCGAUAUCCAAAAAUAGCCACGCCAAAAUCACGGUGUUUUAUGAGAUCACCAGUUAUUCGACGGAAUCGUAGCUUUUACCUAAGUGAUAAUUAUUCAACCGGAGCACCUGCACUAGUAACCAUAGCUGUGCUGCAUUAAUUCCAGUUUAAUUAAUACAACUCCUACUAUAAUUGUAAGAACUUAAAAAAAGAAAAACCAACUGUCCAGAAACUAAAGCGAUUAUUGCGGUUGAAGAUCAUAGUUGAAGAGUCAUAUGGCUAUACACUUGGACGACAGGCAGAAUGAUGGUUUUUUUUUUCUGAUACUUGUAGUUACGGAGAUCAAGGGUGUAUCAAGGAAAUGGAUUAGUCACACGAGCUUUGUAGCUAUCAGACUUUUCUAAGACUUGACACAAAAUAUAUUAAACUCGGAAUAAUACACCGUGUGUAGCGUUUGGUUAGAAUAUGCGACUAUUCGUUCUUGACGAUUCAUUUAAAUGCUUUGGCUUCGCAAAAUGUAUGCCACUGAAGAAGCUCUGCUUUCCCGGCUCACCGCAGCAAUCCUUCGUCUUUAGAAGACAUCAUGGGGCAAUAUUGCCGGGCAGUCGUGAAGAGUUUCAUGAAAAAUCGUCGAUAUUGGUCAGAGUGCUCCUGUCGUUGCUUUUAGCGGCUUGAUCGGUUGAUGAUCCUCCAUGUACGUCAAAACACUAAAUUCAGCCGCCCUGAUAUGUCCAUGUCGUUCAUCGCAGAUGAUCUGAAAAUCACAAUAAAAUACAUUAGUACGUUAUCAAAUAUCUCACUAGGUAUAAAUGAAAUAUAAAUAUUGACUAAAUUUAAGCUUUUUAGCCAUAUAUAUACG